AGGCACACUUAUUUAAGGAUAUAAAUAGGAGGCAGAAUAGGUGUUUUAAGUUGUGCAUGCUUCUCUCAAUAUUCGAAAUCCAGUGGGUCACGACAGUACAACUUGGGGAUUAUCCCAUACGUGACAUCACUGCUUUGUAUGGGGCUAUAUUAUUAUCAUCCACCUUAAAAACUUUCAGUUUCACCAAAGUUGAUGUGUGGGCAAGAUCGUGUAGUCUCUGGUCGCGUGUUUAUUGGGUUGUGAGUGAGCAUCGAAGAUAUACAAUACUCGAUGGCACCGGGAUUAAUCCAAAUAUUCGUGUACGGCAUAAGACGAGACAUUACUACCAUAAAUAUUCACAAGGAUGCAACGGUCAAGGAAUUCUUUACCAUGAUUUCUCAAAAGAAGGGCAUACCGGUGGACCAAAUGCGCGCAAUUUAUACCACAAAACAAUUGGAGAUAGGUAAACGUUUGUCAGAUUACGGAGUUCAAAAUGAGUCCAACGUCUUCUUGGUUCUUCGUCUACUCGGUGGAUCUGAACAAUCAAUUCCACCAGAGAAAGAAUUGGAUGACGCAGUGGAACUGAGCAAUGACCCGGAUAUGAUCACGUGGGAUGAUGAUCCUGAAAACAAGAGAGCUAAGAUGCCUUGCGGGCAUGCUAUAACUCCAGAAUCUCUUACAGCCUACUGCCGUAGCAUCUUAGAUGUAGGCCGGUCCCAAUUUCUGUGUCCCUACAUGAGCCAAGACAAACCACCGGUUUAUUGCCGCAAAGAGUGGGACUACAUAGAGGUUCGUCGCUUGGCUGUUUUGUCAGAGGAAGAAAUUAAAGAGUUUGAAAACAAAAUCUCCCGGAACUAUCUGAUCAAGGGCAUGGGAAUUCAAGAAUGUCCAAAAUGCAACUCUAUGGUGCAACGAAGCGAUAAAAAGCUGGUACGAGUGGUUUGCCUUGUUUGCAGCAAGGAUAAAAGCGAAGCUUUCGAGUUUUGCUGGCAUUGUCUUCACAAAUGGAAUAAUAACAGCAUGACCGAGUGUGGAAAUGAAGACUGCUGGGGCGAGGAUAAACGUCUCAAGAUCCUUCGGAAUUGUCCCAGGAAGACUAUCGUUGGAGUGGUGGGAUCCCCCUCCGUUCGGGCCUGUGUGUCGUGUGGCAUGAUGAUUGAGCAUGUGCGGAAUUGUAAGCACAUGCACUGUCGCUGCGGUCAAGAUUUCUGCUUCAUCUGCUUGGAGCCUAAAGGACCCAGUGGUUGGAAAUGUGGAGGUUCCAAUGAAGAAUGCACAGUAGCACCAGUGCAAACAACGAUCCCUGGAGAUAAUUAAAGCCUGAACAUUUUUGGUGCACUAAAAAGUGAGGCACAGCGAGUUAUAAAGUAAUGCUCGUUUAAAAAUAGCUUAGAGGAGCUACAUUGUGUAUAUAUCGACGUUUUGAGUAUCAUUUAGCGACAUAGAUAAUUGUAUUUAGGUGGCAAGAAACUUAGAAUAACAGUCUGUUGGGUAGACAAUGAGUUUGCCUUCAGUCGUUGAUCGAUGGAACUACAACAUAGAAAUUAAGUCAAGUGUUGAAGAUUUGAUUCAUGAUAACUGUGGCUGUACCAACUAAAGCUACUCAAAUCUUAGUAAUCGAGUUAGCUACUUUUUAGGGCUUUUAUUCAGUAGGUUUAACGACUUUUCUGUUCAAUUGUAACAUUUCUGUAUUUUAAACAGUGCCUUACUUUGAAGGGUAAUUUUAAAGAAGAGUACUAUAUUAACCGGAGGUUGUUAAUAAAUGUCAUUCUGAUACAAUGAGUA